GAGCUCUUGUUGCAGUGUUCUUCUUCUUCUUCUCCUUGUCAUCUCUGUUUCGAAGAUGAUGAAAUCAUCACCACCCAUGUCGAUUGAACUCAUCCUGGAGAUAAUCUCGAGAUUGCCUGGAGAUGCAGUCGCGAGGUUUCGUUGCGUGUCGAAGCAAUGUGAAUCAAUGUUUGCUACUCCGUAUUUCAAGUCCUUGUUUCUGACCAAGUCCUUGUCUAAGCCGCGGCUCUUAUUCGCCAUCGCAGACGACGGAAACCCCAAAGGCCGUGGCGAGUGGUGCUUCUUCUCGUCGCCUCAGCUUGAGGAUCCUUAUGAGAAAUCAUCCUCCUCGGCUCUUGUAUCAGCCGCCGAGUUUCACGUGAAGAAGUACUUUUCAUGUGGAUAUACCGACUCUCCAGAGGAUAUACAGAUCCAUCAUUACAGUAACAUCAAGUACUUUUCAUGUGGUUACAACUCUGGCUUGCUCUAUUUGCAUGGUUGUCGAUACCAGGGUAGACCUGUUAUCUGUAACCCCAACACUGGACGGUACGCGGUCUUACCUGAACGGUAUACUUACAGAAAAGCGUAUAGCUUCUUCGGUUUUGAUCCGAUUGAAAAAAAGUACAAGGUAUUGUACAUGGCUUAUGCAACUGGUCCUGGUGAUCAUGCCCUUCUUACAUUUGGAGCGCCUGCAGACAUGAGGUGGAGAAAGAUCGAAUGCAACACCAAAGAUCCUUGGGAUGAUGAUGCUCAUGAUGAUUAUGUGAUUGUUUGCUUUGAUUUGAAGUCUGAAAAGUUCAGCUUCAUUCACGUUGAAAGGUUUUGUCGAUUGAUCAACUUUAUGGGCAAGUUAGCUUUGAUUUACUGGGAGGAUGAUUUUGACAUUUAUGAGGCUGCUACUUCUGAUUUGGAUGUCGACAAGUAUUUGAAAAAGAAACUCGUCGCUGAUGCCAAUAAUGAGUUGCAUGUGUGGGUGUUAGAGGAUGUAGCGAAACAGGAUUGGUCGAAAUAUACCUACACCUGGAGUACCGAUAAGAUUUUCUUCCGUCGUCACGUUUACAUCGCUGGAGUGACCGCUUCGGGUGCAAUAGUGUUUUCCAUGCGCAAUUACACGUCUAAGAAACCGUUUUAUGUUUUCUACUUCAAUCCCGAGAGGAACAUUCUCCAAAGUGUUGAAAUCCAAGGUUUUGGUAAAGGGUUUAAGAAUCCUUGUAGCGUUCGCACCUUUGUGAACCACGUUGAGGAUCUUCAUGUUAACGAUUUAGAGCUACCCAAGCCAUUCCAUCCUCCACGUAGGGCUACAAAAUAUUCAGAAUCACACAAGGAAAGGAAAAGGGCAAGAAAAUAG